CAGAGAAGGACCCCACCGCCGACAUGUAAACGUCGGUCGAUCUUUUCUAAGCUGCUUAAAAAACCAAAAGGGGAUGUGAAGCAGGGACCAUAACCUCGUUUGGUAACCACUCCAUCGUCUCCAUCAAUAUGAAGAACGCAUCUGCUAAUUUCGACGUACCACCUCCUCCCUUCCCUGCACCGCCCCGCAGCGUGGAUUUGUCCCCUCUUAAAUUCGUUCUUGCUCUUGUUGCCGUUUUCACCGUCCCCGCCUUGGCAUACACCUUUUUUUUCUCCGUCAAGUGCCCUCUCAACCCUUUUCGACUCCGCCACCGGAGCUCCUCAGGCAGACACUCUAUAGAGACCGAUGGAAAUAUCAGCAACAGAGAGGUGGUUCCGGUUCCGGAUGUAAAGUUGGAGAAGGAAACCCGUGUCGAAGAUGUUGGCGCUGGCGGUAUGUGCAUCGUGUGUUUGUCUGUGCUUGGAGAUAACGGGAAGGAAGUGAAGCAGCUGAGUGCGUGCAAGCACUCAUUCCACGCUACUUGUAUUGAUAGGUGGCUCAAUAAUAAACCUAAUUGUCCGGUUUGUCGUGCUCCUUUUGCCGGUAAGCGUCCUGAUGGCACGGGCGGCUCGGCCGGUGAUGAAGACAGCCAGCAAGGUUUGCCGCGGGAUGCCUCUGAGCUGGUUUGACAUCAUGUAUAGCUAGAUUCUAGAGGUCUUUGUGUCUUUGUUUCUUCGGAGAUUAAAGAAUCUGUGAUGCUUGGGCAGGCAGAGCCAAAAAAGGGUGGGCAAUCAACUGUUUGCUUUUCUCCAAUUCACAGACAAAGUUGUUGCAUUUAAUUAAGAAUAAUUUUUGGCAUCAGCCACUGUUUGGCAUCGGCCAACGCACUCCUUACGUGGCCUAAACAAUUUUUUUUCCCUCCUUAUCCCCGCUGCACGUUCCCCUCUCAACUCUCACCCAUUUGAAAUUCGACAUCCUCUUCCCCACUCCCACCCACAGCGUCGCGCAUCCUCUCCCCCAACCCCCUGCAUCGCCCAUCCUCUGCAAUGGCUGCCCCGUCGCCGUUGACCCUCCCUUUGCCCAGCACUCCCGUUACCGUCGAGCCUCCCUCUGCCCAACAAGCCCUCCAUUCCUUCACAUUUUCCCCAAAAUGUCAAUCAGCGACCUGCAAUUCUACGGUAUUAUUUUUGCUGAAGAGAUCUGCGGCCACUGCAGAGGGAGAAGCUGCACAAGUGAGAUGUGAAUUUUUUAUAUGGGCGGAUAUAUUUCAUUUGAUAAAGGAGAACAUUCGUAGAAGAGACAAUGCAAUUCGGAAGACGUGGGAUGAUAUAUUGUUGCACGAGUAUGAAGUUCAAAAAAUGGAAGCUAAAUUGAGAGAGAGAGAGAGAGAGAGAGAGAGAGAGAGAGAGAUGUUCACAAGGAAAA